CGACGGACGACGAAUGUGUGAAGUUACACGCACCGACCGAUUGGCGGAGCACCGACCGAUUGGCGGAAUUGGAGGUCAUUGUCAUUUCCUUCAUGACGCCUUGAAGGUUCGGAGGCUAAGUGUUUGUAUGACACGUGGGAGGCAGGAAGGGAGGUAGGAAGAUAGGAGCGGUAGGAACGGCACGGUCGUCGAGGGCACACAGAGAAGUCACGGUUAGUACACGGUACGGUACUGGUAAGCAUAAGUAUUGAUCCAAAGCUAGCCAAGAAGAACGAGAUCGUUUGUCGGGAAGAUCGAAGAUCCCGAUCCGAGAGCGGUAGGACAGAAUCUUGCCGCUUAAACAAACUAGAGCGCCAGGAGUGGGCAAACAGGGGCAGGCGACGUGGCGCGGCGUAAAGAAAAGUUUGCCAGACGAUCAACCGAUGAUUAUAUGAUUAUAUCGAUCCUUCGGACACCAAUCUGAUCGAUCGAUCGGUCAAUCAAAUAAUCAGGUCAACCAAUCAAUCAAUCAAUCAAUCGGAUCAACUCUCAUUAUCACUUAGUUAAGUUCACCUGAGGCCUUCUUCAUCACCGUACUCGCUUUAUCGUCGUCCUGCGCGCGCGCUCUCCCUCUUCUCUUGUCUUGUCCACCAUAGCCACAUCUCCAUCCUCUUUUAUCUCCUCUCGAUCCGUUCUCUUCCGUCUCUUCCUGCUGAACAUCAUCAUUGUUUCUAGGUCGAUUGAUUGAGAUGUUUCGUAAUCAGUAUGACACGGACGUUACGACAUGGAGCCCUGCAGGGCGCCUUCAUCAGAUCGAGUAUGCAAUGGAGGCAGUAAAGCAAGGCAGCGCCUCUGUGGGGUUGCGCAGCGACACUCACGUGGUAUUGGCCACUCUAAAGCGCGCCGCAUCCGAGCUGUCAUCCUAUCAACGCAAGAUCUUCAAGAUCGACGAUCAUCUCGGCAUCGCCAUCUCUGGGCUGAACGCUGAUGGGCGCGUGUUGUCAAGAUACAUGCGGUCCGAGUGCAUCAACCACAGUUUCGUGUACGAGUCGCCGAUGCCCGUUGGCCGCCUCGUUUGCCAGGUGGCUGACAAGUCCCAAGUCUGCACUCAGCGGUCUUGGAAGCGACCUUACGGUGUCGGAUUGCUAGUGGCCGGCUACGAUUCCACCGGUCCUCAUCUGUAUCAGACCUGUCCGUCAGGCAAUUACUUCGAGUACCGAGCUAUGGCGAUCGGGAGUCGGUCGCAGGCGGCGAAGACCUACCUGGAGAGAAAGUUCGACAGCUUUCAGUCGUGUACUCUCAAGGAGCUGAUUCGACAUGCGCUCUUGGCGGUGAAAGAGUCUAUUCAGGAUGGGGAACUGACUAGCAAGAAUUGCAGUGUGGCUGUGGUUGGCAGAGCUCCCGGAGGAGGAGGAAAGGGAGGAGGGGAGAUUGAUAAAUUCACGAUCCUUGAAGAUGCCGACAUCCAGCCGUAUAUAGACAUGCUAGAUGCUGAAGAACUUCCAACAGCCGUGCAAGAUGAAGACGACGAAGAGAAAAAGGAUGCUCCUGCGGAGCCGGAGCAGCAGCACCAGACCCAGGAUGGUGAAGCUGCUGGAGGUUCUGGCGAUGGCGGACAAGAAGAGGAGGGAGGAGGCGAGGCAAUCCCAAUGGAAACUUAGCCAAACGCCUCGCGUUGUAGUAGGUGAAUAUAAGAAAUCCUUGGUUUUGAUGACGAAGUAAAAUCAUCCUGCUUUUUUUCUUCGCCCUCAGUUCCUCUUUUUUCUCCCGCCCGUAGCCUUCACUCGCUUUCGCCCUUCUCUCUCUCUCUCUCGUGCUUCUUGCCUCUAGAAAUUUCGUACGCGAGAAUUCGAGCGCCGUCGCAAUCUGUUCUCUGACACUUUUUUUUUCUUCUGUUUCUCAGUCUCUCUUCCCUUUUCAUGUUUUUUCUGUUUGAAAUGGAUAUUUCGUAAUUUUCUGGUGAUUUUCGUCUCUUCUCUCUCUCUCCCUCUCUAUCCAUCUCUUCUCCUCUCUCUCUCCUCUCUCCUCUCUCCUCUUUUGUCCUUACUUCGUCUUCUCUCCUACCUAUCCUUCUCUCUUCUUCUUUCUCUCCUCUCCUCUCUCCUUUUUUCUGUCCUUAUCUCCUCAUCUUCCCUAUCUAUCCUUUUUUCCUCUCUCCUUAGGUCGUGCGUUCGCGACUUAAUUCCGUGUUAUAGCUGCCUCUGAGGUUGCUGGGGAGGCAUGGAGGCUCCUUCAUUUCAAAUUGAAAAAAGAGAACAACUGGCGCGUAGUAGUUAAGGCAAUAAUACUCGGUUCCCAGUUCCAUCGUGCUGUGUCCAGCCUUUCCGCCUCCCUUUCCCCCAACCCAUUACUUUCUCUCCUCCUUCCCUCUCUCCCUCCUCUCCCUCUUCUCGCCAUCAUCUCUCUGUCUUCUUUUCCCCCUCUGCCGCCUCUUCUCUCCCUCCUCUCUCUCCUCGGUCCCUUAUCUCUCCUUCUCUGUUUGUGUUUUUUUUCUGUUCACCCGACCUUUCUGCUCUCCCUCUCCCCCGAUCCCAUUUCUCUCUCUCCUCCUUCUCUCCCUCGUCGUUCUCUCCUCUCCCUCCUCUCUGCCGUCUGUGACCUAUUUCCCUCCUCUGUCCUUUCUCCUCGGUCCCUCAUCUCUCCUCCUGUCUGUUUGUGUUUUUCUUGUCCACUCGACCUUUCUUCCUUCCCUCUCCCGAUCCCAUUUCUCUCUCUCCUCCUUCCGUCUCUCCCUCCUCUCCCUCCUCUCCCUCCUCUCCCUCCUCUCCAUGCUCUCGCCGUGGUCUCGCCGUCCACAUCCACCUUUCGCCUCUCUCCUCAGUCCCGCCUCUCCCCCUCCUCUCUGCUCUCCUAUUUCUUCGCAGUUGUAAACAAUUGGUCUCGUUCGUGACGAUCCUGUCGUUGUUCGCCAGUGUCAGUCCGCUGGCCGUCUGUGUUAUGAUCUUGUGAUUUCGUUUCUUGUAUCGAGAAUCACGAAAGAUCUCUUUUUCUUUUCUUCCCCUUCGCCGCACCAGAACUUUGUGAAAAUCAUUUUUGUAGUCUCUUGUUAGUGUCUAUUUCCCGUUUUUUCCCCAACUGCCCCCGUUUUUACAUUGGUCAGCGCCGAGGGUACUUGUCUUCUCACUGUUGCGUUUCUUCUCCCUUCUUCCUGUCCAUUGUUUCCACGAGUACAACCGGAUACAACCUGAUCAUUUUUUUUUUUUGCAUGAUACGACCCGAUCUUAUGUACAUUUGAUUAUGGCGAAUGUGCAUGACGAGACUAUCAGGCGGGGCAAUGCACGGAUUUAAAAAAAUAAAAAUAGGUCUCGACCCUUCCUCCUCUUCUCCUCUUCCUGUUUGUGUCCGUCGCCUUCGUUUCCCUCCCCUUCGCCACCCCCCACACCCCCCUCCUCAUCUUGCGCAUUUUCCCUCCUCUCCUGUCGUCCGCUCCCAUUUUCACCUCCUAGGUCUGCGCUUUCUACUCUUCUCCUUCUGCCAGCUUCCUCCUUAGGUUCGGAGACACGAUACGCGGUGAGUGUUAACGGACUGUUAACGCACUGUCAACAGAAUGUAACGGAAUGACGAGAAGCCCAGUCUGUUGCCGUUGCAGCGCCGUAUCCCUUGUUCUCUGCCGGCCCGGUCUGCUCAGUGGGAGGGCUGGCUCUGCGGGGUGACUGCUUGACACCCUACAGGCCUUCAUUGAGCACAACACCCUCAUUACGACUGUAUCGGACUGAAAAAGUAGCUUGUAGACAUUCGUGAUGAGGGUGCGUGGUGUUCCGGGGAAGACGACUCUCUAUUACGUCUGACUGUUUGUCAUCAUUCCCUUGAAGAAAAAAGACAGCUUUAUUAUCGUCCCCUCAGAACCGGGGUGCCUACCCUAUCAUGCUCUCCCGUCCUUCCUCUGCCGUUCCGCCAACACUUCUGUUAUUCGCGCGCCACUUUGCGCAGAUGCAUGCUCAUCAUUUGACGAUUAGCAGCUGAGUCUGACACCUGACCGGUGCUGGGAGGUGAAAAGGAGAAGUGACAUAAGCCUCGAAUGGAAAGUCUCAGUGAACGGCGGCGGUAACUCUUUAACUGUCAACUUUAGGGCAGUUGUAAAAUCUGGCUUUAUGCUGGAACACUCGCAAUUCGUACAUACACUACCGAGAAAUACGGCAGAAGAGUGUCAUUUUUUCCCUACCAGAACAGAUGCAUGCCCAUUUGACGAUUAACACUCCUGGCAAUCUACCUAGCAUCCUGCCUUUGCGGGACGACUCCCGAAAUUUUUCGAGUUCGAUAAAUACGUAUAGUGAGU